GGCGAGGCUCGGCAGUCGUCUCUUCGGAGCACCACCAUCACCACCACCAUGCUGAAACACUCUCUCGCCCUCCUGUCCCUCGCCCUGCUCCUCGGCGUGGCCUGCGUCAGCGCCGGCGGCGGCUAUGGCCGCGGCGGCGGAGGAGGUGGCUUCGGCCGCGGCGGCGGCGGCGGCGGAUUUGGCGGUGGAAAGGGCGGCUUUGGCGGCGGCGGAUUUGGCGGAGGAAAGGGCGGCUUUGGCGGCGGCGGCUUCGGCGGCGGCGGAUUUGGCGGAGGAAAGGGCGGCUUUGGCGGCGGCAGUUUUGGAGGCGGCAAGGGUGGAUUUGGCGGCGGCGGCUUCGGCGGCGGUGGUUUCGGCGGCGGCAAGGGAGGUUUCGGCGGCGGCCAUGGCGGCGGCGGCUUCGGCGGCGGUGGUUUCGGCGGCGGCAAGGGAGGUUUCGGCGGCGGCCAUGGCGGCGGCGGCUUCGGCGGCGGCGGCUUCGGCGGCGGCGGCUUCGGCGGUGGCGGCCAUGGCGGCGGCUACGGCAAAUAAGUCUUCCCUUCAACCUCUUCGCUGCGACGCCUUAUCGUGCGCACACACGCAGUCGUGUACGCCUGUGUGCGUUUACGUGUGUGCGUGUACGAACAGAGGAGAAGAACGGAGCAUUCCUGCCCCUCCUCGCCCCUCACACCUCCUCCUCCUCAUCUCAUUUUCUUCACUUCAGCGAACCAGACAAUAAAUUAUACAACAAAACAAAAACAAA